AUGAACAGAUAUCAGAGAGAAGAGAAGCCUCGCCCUGAGGUCCCCAUUAUGGAUAACGAGAUUCACAUAGCUACCCGAGGGAUACCUAGGAAUUAUAUUACACAUGCAAUAACUUUGCUCACUGAGAGAGGUGUAUCUACAGUUGUGUUGAAGGCAUUGGGAAACGCAAUUAGUAAGGCAGUAACAGUUGCAGAGAUCGUUAAGAGGAAGAUACCAAAUCUUCACCACAAAAUAACAAUUAGCUCUGCUCCUGUAACAUAUACUUUGGAGCUUGUUGAGGAGGGUCUUUUGCCUUUGGAAACAACAAGGCACGUAUCCAUGAUAACAAUCACUUUGUCCACAAAGCAAUUUGACACAUCAUGUACAGGUUAUCAACCACCACUGCCAGCUGAUCAAGUUAAGCCUUUGCCCGAAUAUGAAAAUGAGGGAGAUGAUUCUCAAGUUGUGUUGGGCAAAGGUCGUGCUCGUGGGAGAGCUCAAGGACAUGGUAGGGGUAGAUCCAGUGGCAAUGCACAAUAUGGCAAUGGCAGUUUGUAUGACAACGACAAGGGAGCUCAUGGUAGGAGCAAGUCUGGUUAUGAUGGUAAUUAUAAUGACAAUGGCUUUCGUAGAGGCCAAGGUCGUGCUCAGGGUAGAUUUGGUGGUAAUGACGAAGAUGGAGGGGAAUUAACUUCUCGAGGUAGAGGACAUGGCAGGGGGAGGGCACGAGGAAAGGUGGUAGGAUUUAAUCAAAUGUGA